AUGUCCAUAGGCGCACCGCCGUUGCUCGCGUCGCAGUGGGCCGGCGAGCACGCUUCCGGGAGCGCAACUGGGAACGUUCCCUCCAAGCGUUUCUCGUCUCCCCCAGCACCCGUCGACUCUUUCGACUCCGGCGCUGGCAUGUCCGCCUCACAUUCGUCCUCUCAUUUCACCAAUCCUUUCCGCUUCUCAUCCCAGCACGACGCACACUCGUCCUCCAGAAAUGGAUCCUACGGAUUUGGACGAUCGUCCGACACGUGGACUUCACAUGGGAAUGGAUUCGGCGGAGUUGCGUCCGCCUCUGGUUCAUCAUCCUCACGCACACGCACCUCGUCAGCUUUCGCUUCGCUCAUGGAUGGCAGUAAAGGCAAGGAGAAGGAGAGGGAAAUGGAGGAGAGUAUUGCGUCCACUGCACAGCCAGAACCACCACCGCCUUCAGACGCCCGUCCAAGCACUGCCGACCCAUCGAAAAAGAACAGAGGAAGCAUCCUAUUUGGCGCCGCCUCUGACGCUCUCAAGUUCGGCCGUCGACGGAAAUCAGUCCGUGCAUCGCAUCACCCCGUCCCCCCACCAGCGUCCCUCAUCCUCCCCGAAGUGAUCGAAAUCAGCGCUCCUAAACCAGAUGAGGAGGAGCAAGAGCGUCAACGAUUGCGUGAUGCGGCAGCCCAAUCGAUAGGUCUCGGACACGAUAUCCUCGAGCCGGCGCGAUCGCGAGAGCCAGAGGAGGAUCCGUAUGAUGAUGAGGAUACACAGACGUUGGAGAGUGCGACGCAUCCGGAGUCCAUCCUUUCUCCAUCCUUCGUCUCUUCGCAUACGUCGCCACAAAGUCCGACGAAUCUCAGUCAUUCGUUCUCGACAAGACGACGCGCGGGGUCAUUAGCACUCUCUAACCAAUCGAGAAUAACGAGCGCUGCGGAUAAGGAGAAGGAGAAGACGCCUGUGAUCCCGUCGUUUCCUGCGAGUUAUAGUUCGCUGGUGCCGUACGUGCAGUUGGAAGCCUCACUACCGAAACAUUUCCCGCCUCCGUCAUUGCUGAAGAUGGCGCUCUCGAAGCAGUGGAAGACACGUUUUGUGGUCUUCACCUCUCCUUCUCAGCCUUCGACGUCAAACCCUGGUUCCAUUCGCACGCAUAUGCAUCUUACCUCUCCGACGAUGACGAAUCCAACGCAGAAACUACCCGUUCCAUCGUAUUUACACCUAUUUAAGUCGCAGUCUGCCGAGGAGCGCGAGGUGGAGAGGUUGGAGAUUAAUGAGAAUAGUGUGGUUUUUGUGACGGAUGAGGAGGUUGGGAGUAGGAGGAGCGUGGUCAAAGUAGGAGGGAUAGACGUGGGCGCGUUGAGGAGGGAGUGGAACGGCGAGGAGAAUGGGCAGACGAUGAUGCUUUUUCAGAUUGUGGAUGUGGCGGUGAGUAGGAAGUGGAUUGAGGCGAUCAAGGUCGUCGUUUUGAGGCAGAGGUCUAUACGAGCUGGAUUGGGUGUUCCGUCACCGAAUAUCGGAGGUACAGAACCCAGAGGUGACAUGGACGUCAUGCUUUCGAUGCGGAUGCAACAUAUGUCGUCCUCUCCGGUGGACUACAACCCCGGUCUCUCUUCGCCCAAUGGAUCGCUUCUCCACCACUCCAGCCUCAGUCAUGGCCCCAGCCAUAGUCACAGUCACAGCCAAAGCCAGAGCACGAACGGUCACGGCCAUAACCAUCAUCCUAUGUCAAUAUCUUCCACUUCGACCUCCGCAUCCUCGACCAUCCGUUCCUCUACCGGUGCAUCUUCACCAUCACCCCGCUCGCCUAACGCCGUCGUCACGCUCAAAGGACUCUUCACCGGUUCUAGCCGUCCAAGAUCAUCUUCACGAGCUGCAUCACCUUCGCCUGAGCCAGAUACGGAGACCAGCGAGUCGUUCAGCAGUGCCGGGUCCAGUCUUCUCGGGAUGCUCAAACAUCAGCAUACUGGGAACGGGAGCAUCACCAGUAGUUCUGAGCGGGCUAUGUCGCCUGUCUCGACUCCUAUCGUUAAACCGAUGUCGAUGCUUCCUUUGCCUCCACCUCUUACGACGCCAACGCAUAGUCACGCGGGUUAUCACAAUCAGCCUGGACAGCGAGAGCAAGAGGCUAACAUAUCAAGGAAAAUUGUACCUAAUCGGACGUCACUUGAUUGGGCCCCUGUUCCCUCGUCCUCUCUUUCUUCGUCGGCCGCGUCGUCGUCUGACGUCCCGAUAUCCAUGCCGUCGACACCCAUCACUAACACCCAUGCAGCGUUACCCCCUCGUUCAAUGUCACCUUCCUUGUCCCUUCAACCUCCACCGUCAAAUCGAAGACGCGGAAGGGCCUGUACUGCCGGAAGCACAGACGCUCCUCUUCCUUCGCCUACGACGCCACGAAGCACGGAGACCGGUGGUUUGAUGUAUAAUCACGGCAAUACGAGCACCGCAGGUAGUUUUGGAAUCACCCCUGCUGCGUCUGUGAGCGGACACGGAGCGAGCGAAAGGUCCGGUACCAGUCUUGGGCACGCGUCGAAUAGUACAGGGACGCCUGUACAGAAAGCAAGACCGGCAUCGAUGUCGUCCGUUUCGACUAUGGGCUCUGGAUCCGGGGCGUUCGGCGGUACGGGUGACAGGGAGAAUGCUGGGUCAUUCGAGGGGAGUUAUAACCCAGCUGGGUCCUCUUCUGGAGGUGGCAGCGGUAAUGGAGGCUCGGGUUCGGGAGGGAAUGCGAGGAGGUGGUCUAGGGGGAUGAUGUCUCUGCCUAAGCGAUUGACGCCGCCGUCGGGGUCGCCUCCUCCCGUUCCUUUCGGACAAUCGAACCAGAAUCAGGGCAUAUAUCAGCGUUCGCAUCGACUAUCGCAUCCUUAUGCUGCUUUCGGAAAUUUCGGAACUGGAGACUCCAAUGGCAGCAAUAGCACCCACUCAUCUCCACUCAAUCGGUCUUCAUCACAUCGCUCGCCUGGACAAAGCGGUCUUGGAGUCGGAUUGCAAGUCUUCUCGAAACGGAACUCGACGAGCUCGGCGUAUAGUUUCGUUUCGACACAUUCGUUGCCGUCACCACAAACUCAGACCGGGAGAAGGUCGAGUUCGAGCCAGAGGACGUCUUCUAGUGCUGUCAGCGGUGGAGGUGGAGGUGGAGGUGCGGCUGCGGCUGCGGCUGCGGGUAGUCGACUGAGCGUUCCGCCGCCACAAAGACCCGCCCCCAAUGGCGCACUCCCUCCUACCCCCCAUACUCCUGGUACUCCUGGAACUCCCCCAACACCCCUCACACCUGGAUCUCCAGGUGAAAGUUCGGCUUCCUCUGCCCAUGAACACGGUUCAGGGUCUGGGACCCUUCUGAGGAGUGGGAGCACGGGGGGAAGGCCGAAGACGGCGCCAGGACCAGUCAGGAGCUCGAUCAGAGAUUCCAUCGCCAAGAGGGCGGUCAGGAUUUCGAUGUUGCCCCCCAAUACCAGUAGUCCACCGUCUGCUAGUCUGCCACCGAGGCCGGAUGAGCUGCCUCAACCUGGCGCACCUGUUACCGGUUCGUCGACACCUGGUCCCGCUAGUUCGAGUAUGGAUGCAGUUUCGUCGUCGACCACGAAGCCUGCCUCGGCGUCUAUCUCACCUGUGGCGUUCAAGAAGAGACAUAAUCGAGGACAUAGCAUCGACAGCAAGUUGCUGGGAUUGAGAGCGCUUGGAGAGCCACUGUAUUCGAUUCCUGCGUCUCCUGCGACCGAACUAUCCGCGACGAACUCAUUGCCUAUCUCUGCACCACUACCACCGCCACUGAACUCAUCGGGAUCGACCUCGGCUUCUAGCUCACAUUCCUCGUUGUCAGGGUUGAACGCAAACGGAACGACUUCGUCUCUUCUGAACUCACAGACGCCCACGCCAACCGCUACGCCUGCGCCUCCAGCUCAAUCUCAGGGCCCGAAGCUGAGCAAUCCGUUCAAACGACUCAGGAUCCUCAGCGCCCCUUCACCCAUUCAUAUUCCACUGGAUGUCCAGAUCGCGAAUGCGAAUGCGAAUGAUCAGCCCGCUCCCAUUUCCAGCAACGGAUCCACUUUCAUCAGCUAUGCCGCCUCUCCACCCGCCACGCCUAUCGGCGAACGCAUCACCAACAUGCAGAACGACCCGAACUUCCUGCUGAUGGCGCCUACGCCCAUCGAGACUUCACCGUCACCACUGUCGGAAGGCUCGACUACGCCCACGUCGGGAAUGGCAACUCCGCCACAGGUACCGGCUCGAAGCCCUUUGAGACCGCCACCUCCGCCUUUGAGUCCUCGGUUGAUGGGCAUACCGAUGAUGGUCGGAGAUGAGGAGAGGGAGAGGGAGCAGGAACAUGAGUUGACCUCGUUGAGUCCGCCACCGAGAAGGGGAUCGAGGGCGGCAAGUACUUCAGUGGGUGUCGGUAUGAGUAUGGGGUUGGGGAGUGGAGCGGGGUCAACGUCGACAUUGGGCAAAGGUGUGGUGGAGGACGUAGGUGGUGAAGGUGCGAUCGGCUCCGGGAUGAACGUGUCGGUCCUUGAGCUUUCGUUUGCUGGUGGUCCGGAAGGUGGGGAGGGGAAACUUAGGGAGGUGGAUGAACUCAGGGAGGAUGGGGAUGGAGAGCAGCAUAAUGAGAAUGAAGCGAUGUUUGUGGAGGAUGUGGACAGUGAUGUGGAUGAGGCGGAGGCAGAGGGGAGGAAGGAGGGUGGUGGUGGUGGGCAGUUACCUCUCGAUCUGGAUAUCUCGAUGUCGCAGCCGCAGGAGAAUGCGUCGAGGAUUUCGUUCGGUGCUGUCGGUGUGGCGUCAUGA